AGACAAGAGGGGAAAAACAAGGAAGAGCUCACAAGCGAGCAGGUCAGUCAGUGUGUGUGUGUGUGUGUGUGUGUUCACUUCACCAGAUUGUGCCUGGGAGACGAGUAAAAAAGGAGUUAACCCUACUGGUGGGUUUCUAAACAUGGAUAUGGACGUCCCGGAUUCUCCACAUGGGAAUAUGGGGCUCUUGAGGACCUUUGAAUCCACUGAGUUUGGCAGCUGGGAGAAAAUAGGCUCAGGUGGAUUCGGACAAGUAUACAAGGUCCGGCACGUACAGUGGAAAACAUGGCUGGCUAUCAAGUGCCCUCCCUGCCUUCAUGUGGAUGACAAGGAUCGUUCAGAGCUGCUCGAGGAGGCUAAGAAGAUGGAGGCGGCCAAGUUCCGGUACGUCCUGCCUGUGUACGGGAUCUGCGACGACCCCCAGGGCCUGGUCAUGGAGUACAUGGAGACCGGUUCCCUGGAGACGCUGCUGGCCACGGAGCCGCUGCCCUGGGAGCUGCGCUUCCGCAUCAUCCACGAGACUGCGGUAGGAAUGAACUUCCUGCACUGCAUGAAUCCGCCGCUGCUCCACCUGGACCUGAAGCCGGCCAACAUCCUGCUGGACGCCCACUACCAUGUGAAGAUAUCUGAUUUUGGUUUGGCCCGGUGGAACGGCCUGUCACGGGCUGACGACAUUAGCAGAGAUGGCUUCUGCGGCACUAUUGCUUACCUGCCACCAGAGAGCAUCAUAGAAAAGGACAGGGUGUCGGACACCAAGCACGAUGUUUACAGCUUCUCCAUCGUGAUCUGGGGGAUUCUCACACAGAAGAAACCAUACCAAGGAGAGAACAAUAUAUUGCAGAUCAUGGUGAAGGUGGUGAAAGGCGUGCGUCCAGACAUGGGAGCAGUGCCACGGUGUCGACCUUCAGCCUGCACGGGUUUCCUGAGCCUCAUGCAGCGUUGCUGGGCCACGAACCCUGCAGCCAGACCCAGCUUCCAGGACAUCACAUCUGAAGCUGAGGAGCUCUGCUCUAAACCUCAAGAGGAGCCCAAGACACCAACCUUAUCAACGUCAGACCCGGAGCCCAUGUCCCCCAAAGGACUCAGUAAUCAGGUUAAUGAAAACAAGCCUGUGCGUCCAAAGUCGGCCAUGUUGCCAGAAAAAGAUUACAGCCUGUCAGAGCUGCUGAGCCAGGUGGACUCUGGGAUUUCUAGGAGCUUUGAUCGAGUGAAGGAGGAUAGCUGCCACAGCAAAGAGAACACUUGCAAGCGACUGUCUGGCAUCUCCUCUGCAGAUUCAGCCUUCUCCUCACAAGACUCCAUCACACUGUCUUUUGAGAAAGAAAAUACAUAUGAUUCUGCUGAGGUCCAGAAGCGGAAGCUGUGUGAGGCCAUCAGGACCAAAGACACUGCCAAGCUGAUGAAGAUCCUCCAACCUCAAGAUGUUGACCUUCUCCUCGACGGAGGAGGCAGUUUGCUCCACCACGCCAUCACCAUGGGUAAUGAGGAAGCUGUCAAGUUCCUCCUCCUGAACAACGCCAAUCCAAACUUUGCAAACGCCCGUGGCACCACACCUCUCCACCUGGCCACGGAGAAGCACCUGAAGCCACUGGCAGAGCUUCUGCUGGGCCGCCGCAGCACCAACGUGAACGCCAAAGAUGAGGAUCAAUACACGGCCUUGCACUGGGCCGCCCAGAACGGGGACGAGGCCAUCACGCGCCUGCUGCUGGACCGAGGGGCGGCGAUCAAUGAGAUAGACGGCCAGGGACGCACGCCGGCUCACGUGGCCUGCCAGCAUGGCCAGGAGAACGUAAUCCGGGUGCUGCUGAGCCGUGGAGCUGAUGUUCGAAUCAAGGGCAAGGACAACUGGACGGCUCUCCACUUCGCUUCCUGGCAAGGCCACCUGGGUAUCGUCAAGCUGCUGGUCAAGCAGGCCGGGGCUAAUGUGGACGGCCAAACGACAGAUGGCCGCACACCGCUGCAUCUGGCAUCCCAGAGGGGGCAGUACCGAGUGGCACGGAUCCUGAUUGAGCUCGGAGCAGAUGUCCACAAGGUGUCGGCUGUAUUAAACACAGCCCUGCAUGUGGCGGCGGAAACGGGUCACACCAGCACCUCUCGCUUUUUGAUCAAACACCACGCCGAUAUCCACGCUCAGAACGAGCAUUUGCUCACUCCUCUCCACUUAGCCUCCCAGCGAGGCCACCUCGCCACAGUCAAGAUGCUGAUGGAAGAGGGCGCAGACCCCUAUAGAACCAACCAGUCCCUACGCACCCCCUGCCACCUGGCAGCAGAGAGCGGACACUGUGAGGUCCUCAAGGAGCUGCUCCUUCAUUGUCCAGAUGGUGGCACCCUGUUGGACGAGCAGGGCCUCAGCCCAUUACACCUGGCUGUGCAGGGUGGAUACACAAACGUUAUUACUAUGCUGCUGCCGCAGGACUGCAAGGACUUAGUUACAGAGAGCUCAGUGCCAUCGGCAGCUGAAGAGCCCACACCACCAGAGCCUACAACACUCAGGAGAAGGGUUCUCAUUCUCAAGCUGGCAGAGCACACCGACCAAGACUGCCCAUAACCCACAGGCUCAUUUUGUGCCUCAGCUCCAUGCUAACAAUAGCAAAAGUGUAAUGAACUACCUUCUGUAUUUUUGUAUUCUACUUUUCUGCUGCCUCAGAGUUGGGGAGGGGACAUUGUUUUGGACUUUGAAACCCGUUGAGCACUGGAAGUAUUACCUAAUGGUCAUAAUAGCUAUGAUGUAAAUAUGUAAACUGUAAAUAGAAUAUAAAUACUGUCUUUCAUUUGACAUUGAACUUUUUACUUUUUUUUUUUUACUUAACAAGCAUUUUUUUUUUACUUAACAAGCACAUGAUGUGUACUGAAAUUGUAAUUAGAAAACCCAUGUCCUCGAGGAACCUUUUACUAUACCACACUGCAGCUGGUAUGCCUGUGAGUUAUCCUGAGUAGAACGUGAACUUUGCUCACAAGCCUCAUUAGAUAAAUGCUGUAGAUCAUCAGAGCCAUAGCAUUCAAGAAACUUUCAGUGUUCUGUACUUGUUACAUAUAAAUGCUGCAUCAUCAAUUAAAACAUUUAAACCUC